AUGGACAUCUCCCCCACCACGAGGGAAGGGCCACCUGCAGCAAUACCAGCCUUGGUUGCCAGGAGUAACAUGAAGGGCUUUGGUGUUGAAGUUUCUGAAGACUCUGAUAGCGACAGCUCCUCUUCAGGCUCCUCUGUUUCAUCUACAACUGUGUUUGAAAGUAUCGCUGACGAUGAGUGUUUAAGCCAACCAAUUCCCUUUAAAACGAAAGAUGAAAUUUUACUUGAGGAUUUGCCAGCAGUGGAGGAGCUUACUGUUUCACUACCAGAUGAUGUCGAAAUAAUGCCAGCAGGAGAAAUAUCUAGUAUCAUAAAGCAGCUUGUAAUAAUCCAGUCUCUGAAAAACUCUCCUCCUCUGACGGAUGACAGCAUCAUCUUUCGAUCUGAUCGACUAGCUUUGGGCAAGGUUUUCGAAGUCUUCGGUCCUGUAUCUAGGCCACUCUAUAUCUUGCGUUUUAAUUCUCCUGAUGAGCUAAGCAGUAAGGGACUGACACUUGGACUGAUGGUUUACUACGCACCAGAUAUGAAGGAGUACACUGGAUACAUCCUCCUACAACAACUUCAACUUUUCAAAGGCUCAGAUGCAUCCUGGAAAAAUGAUCAAGAACCACCACAAGAGGCUUUAGACUAUAGCGAUGAUGAGAUGGAGCAGCAAGCAAAAAAGAACGUUAAAAAAUCCAGAAAGACACACAACAACAAAGAUGGUCUCCGACCAAACAGUCAGCUGCCUCACCGUAUGACAUCAAAACAUAAAGGAUCUCUGUUCAGGCACCACAAUGUGAACAACAAUCAACAACCUUAUUGCCACUCAAAUCAACCAACUCUGCACACAAAUGUCCCUUCUGAGUACAGUGCUCCUCCCACCUAUUAUCCACCCCAUCCACCACCCCCACUCACCUUCCCUCACUACCCCCCACCAUCAUUCUUUAGUCCAUCAUACGCCUCUCAUCUCUGGCCACCAAACUGUGUCCCAUUCUCAGAACUGCCUCCUCCUCCCCCUCCUCCGCCCCCUCCACCCCCUCCUCAGUGA